AUGAGUGAGUUUCCAUUUCCAAAACAUCAUUUAAAUAAAACUAAUGAAGAUGAAAGUGAAGAUAAAAGUGAUACUGAUGUUGAGACAUUAAUAGAAGAUAUCAUACCUAAAAAUAAACCAUCUCAUGCUAUGUAUAUACCUGGAGAAAAUUCAUUAAAUGCUGAAGAUUCAUCAACAUUAAUAAAUGGACAAGAACCAAUCACAGGUUCAUCAAGAGAUUUUUUUAAUAAAUUAAAACAUAAUUCACCACGUAAGGCGCAAAAUGCAUCAAUACAACAAUUACAUUAUAAUCAAAAUAAAAUAUCAUUAGAUAGAUGUAUUCAUCAAACUGUUGAAUUAAUAAUGAAUGUUCAAUCAGAAAAUAAACAGCGUCCAAUUUUUUAUCCGACUGAAAUUGAUAAUGAUCAAAAUAUAUUAUUAAAUAGUGCAAAGGCACAUCUAGCAUUAAUUAGACAAAAUAGUACUAUUAAAAACUUGACCAAAGAACAACUUGUUAAAAAUUUACAAACUGAUUUACCUGAAUUCAAAAUAUUAAAAAUCAAUUUUAAAAUGAAUAAUCAUGAAGAUGGUGGUAAUAAUUUAUCAAAUUUAGAUAAAAAAUCAAUUGCAAGUUUAUUAGAAAAAAAAUUACAACAACAAAUAAAAUAUUUAUUAAAUCUCAAAGAUAGAAUCGAUGAUACAUCUUCAAAAGUUUUUGUCACUGGUGAUUUAAAUGCUGGAAAAUCUACAUUUUGUAAUGCAUUAUUAAGAAGAAAAAUCUUACCUGAAGAUCAACAACCUUGUACUUCUGUAUUUUGUGAAGUUAUAGAUGCAAGUAAGGGUAAUAAUAAUAUUGAAGAAGUUCAUGCGGUAUCAAUUGGAAAUGAAUAUAAUAUAAAAGAUGAAUCAACUUAUGAAGUGUUUCCAUUAAAUGAACUCGAAAAUUUAGUUUAUGAUUGUGACAAGUAUCAAUUAUUGAAAGUUUACCUAUUGGAUGAUAGAUCAUUUCAUGAAAGUUUAUUAAGAAAUGGUGUUAUAGAUAUUAAAUUAAUUGAUGCUCCUGGAUUAAAUAUGGAUUCAUAUCAAACAACACAAGUUUUUUCGAGACAGGAAGAAAUUGAUCUUGUUGUGUUUGUAGUUUCUGCUGAGAAUCAUUUCACUUUAUCUGCAAAAGAAUUUAUAGCAACUGCAGCAAAUGAGAAAAGAUAUGUUUUUAUCGUUGUUAAUAAAUUUGAUAAUAUAAAGAAUAAAAUAAAAUGUCAAGAAAGAAUAUUAGAUCAAAUUAAGAAAUUAUCACCAGAUACAUAUAAAAAUGCAAAAGAAUUUAUACAUUUUGUUUCAUCCGAUUCAUUAGUAAAUAAUGGAGAUCCAGGAGAUCCAGGAGAUCCAGAUAAUGAACCAAAUAAUAAUAAUAAUAAUAACCACCAAAAUAAUCCCGAUUUUGAUGAAUUGGAAGCUAGUUUAAGAAAAUUCAUACUUGAUAAAAGAUCAAUUAGUAAAUUACUCCCAGCUAAAAAUUACUUACUUAAUAUUCUACAAGAUUUAAAAACAUUAUCUAAUUUAAAUGAAAAGAUAUACAAUGAUACAAAAACUCAAAAACUCAAAGAAUUAAAUACUCAUAUUGGACCAAAAUAUAAUGAUGUACUAUCAAAAUCUGCAAAGAUAGGAGACACGAUUAAUUUAUUAAUUGAAAAUACUUGUAUCGAAGUAUAUAAUAACACAUCAAUCGAAAUCAACAAUACUGUGAAUAAUCUCGGUGAUUCUCCAAUUGUCAAAUAUGGUGGAGUUCAAUAUUUAUUUGAAUAUGCAAAAGAAACACAAUUUGCAAUGAUUGAUUCAAUUUUAAAUUCAGUGAUUGAAUCAGAAAAUAAAGCUAAAGAAAUAACAACAAAUAAAGUAUCUGAAAUUAUCAAAUAUGGACAGAAUAAUCUAGAUGAUGAGUUUUUAAAUGAUAAGGUUUUUAAUAGUUCUUUAAUGUUUACUAGACGGAAAGACGACAUUGGAAAACAAAUAAAUCAAACAAUAGACAUUUCAGAUUUUUUUGAUCCAAGUUUAGAGUCAUGUUUAUCAUUCAUUGGAUUACCUGAAUCAAUUAUAUCAAAAACCAUAAAUUACUACAACCCCAUUAACAUAUUAUCAGAAAUUCCAAAUAGUGCAGUAUCCUUGAAAGAUCAAAUUCCAACUCAAUUAACUUUACAUACAAUUUAUUCCCUGGGUAAAAUAUUAACAAUAGGAGCAUUAGGACAUAAAAUUUAUCAAUUUAGUCAUUAUGUGACCCCUUCCUUACUCAAAAAAAUAGCAAUUCCAAUAACUUUAACACUUACUGGAUUUACUAUCUAUUAUUUAAUUUCAGAUAUCCCAAAUGCCCUUCCUAGAAAACAAGCAAGAAAGAUUAAAUCUCAAAUUGAGAAAUUAGAUUAUUCUCAUCAAAAUUCAACUAGGAUUAGUUCUGAAUGUAGAUCAGUUUUAAAUUAUCCAGCAAGACAAGUUAUGAAUAAUUUUCAAACUUCAAUUGAUAGACAAUUUAAUGAAAAAAAAGAAAUUGAAAAUGUUAUUAAAGAUGCUGAAAUAAGUAGUAAAUUCUUUGGGGAGUUGAAAAAAAAGAUUAAGGUUCAAAAUGAUAAUUUGGUGCAAAUUGAUUUAGAGAGGAUUAAUUAUGUUGAUUAG